CCGAUAUAAUCUUUGAUGUCGGCAAACGCUGAGGUGGAAUCUCAAGCAACGAGCAAUCCAGGAGCUUGGUAUUGACGACAUGCACGGAUCUGUCGUUAGGACGGUUGUCAUUGCCUUCUGAAAUCGUGCUUGUCUCCACUCCUGAGAGACAACAAGUUUCAACAUGGAUGCCAUCGACUACGAUCCCAUCACACACCUUAAUGCCCUCUUCGGGCACCCAUCGACGCUCGACCAAGCAGGCGCCGUCUCACAGCAGGUACACAAACAUCAAGAUGAACUCGACCAACACAUGGGCCGCAUGGUCGCGCGACAGACAGAGAGCGAUGCGGACAGUGUUCGGCGUAUAACACAAGCAAAGAAAGAGCUGGGAGAACUGUUUGGCCGUAUCGACAAGGUACGCGCCAGGGCCUUGGACACCGAGAGAGCCAUCACCGACAUGACGGCAGACAUCAAGCGUCUCGACCAGACCAAGCGGAACCUGACUUUGUCAAUGACGGCCCUCAAGCGCUUGCAGAUGUUGACAACCGCUUAUGAGCAGUUGCGUGUCCUUGCAUCGACCCGUCAAUACCGCGACUGUUCGCACCUGGUCUCUGCCGUCGUCCAGCUCAUGGCCCACUUCAAGACAUAUCGCAGCAUAGAUCAGAUUGCUCAACUCAGCAAGAAUGUCGCUGACUUGCAGCGUCUGUUGCUCGAUCAGAUCUGCGAAGACUUCGAACUCGCUUUCGCCCGAGAAUCUGUCGCUUCUGCUCGCAAUAUGCUAGCUGACGCCUGUCAUGUCAUGGACGCCCUUGGAGACCAUGCCCGUGCUCGUUUGACCACCUGGUAUUGCAACACAAUGCUGCGCGAGUAUCGUCAAGUCUUCCGCUCCUCUGACGAAGCUGCCUCGCUUGAUAACAUAUCACGCCGUUAUUCAUGGUUCAACCGCAUGCUCAAAACACAUGACGCCGAUCACGCUUCCCUGUUCCCUUCUUUUUGGCGUCUUGAUGAAAUGUUGGCGAAUGCCUUUUGCGAAACUACGCGAGAAGACUACAAGCAGAUCCUGCAACGCUCCAUGCGCCGUGCAGACGGCCAGCCUCCGGAUGUCAACCUUCUAUUAUCGUGCUUGCAAGAAACAUUGGAUUUUGAGCAUUCUCUCGAGCGACGCUUCUCUUCUACAGAAUCACGCUCAUCCCUGGAUACGCUCGACGAGAAGCCUCGCGCUUUCAGCCAAGCUAUUUCUGAAGCCUUUGAACCAUAUCUCAGCAUAUGGGUUGAAUCUCAAGACAGGCAACUAGCUCUUCUCAUCCCAAAAUACCGACAACAACCUAUUCGCAACGAAGAAGACGAAUUCCAUGCUCAUACCGUCAUGCCUUCGUCUACAGAGCUCUUCCAUUCUUACCGCAUCACCUUUGCUCAAUGUGCAAAGCUUUCGACAGGUUCUCGGCUUCUUGAUCUCUCGAAAACCUUUGCAAAGUACCUCGACGUUUAUUGUCAACAGGUCCUAUUUCACGCUUUGUCUGAACGGUCAACUUCGAUCGAAGACACAGUCACUGUUCUCAACACCGCAGACUAUUGUUACCAAACUACUAAUCAGCUAGAAGAGCGUAUAAAAUCACGAAUAGACGCCGACUUUCGUGCUCAGGUCGACCUCCAAUCCCAGGCCGAUUCCUUCAUGGGUAUUGCCUCAGCAUCUGUCAAAUCUCUGGUGAGGAGAGUUGAGAUCGACUGCGAUGCGCCUUGGAGAGAAAUGCGCAAUGUACCCUGGAGCAAGAUGGACAAUGUCGGUGAUCAAAGUCCAUAUGUCGCUCCUUUGGUGCAGCAAGUCAAAGAGAAGACAUCAGAAGUACUCAACCACCUGCAAAAGCAACAUUAUGCGCGUGCCUUCUGCGACAAUCUGGUCGACGCUCUCGCUAGCUCUCUACUGACCAAUUUGGUUGUCUGCCGGCCUAUAUCAGAAACAGGUGCUGAGCAAAUGUUGCUUGACUCUUAUGUCUUGAAGAAAGCAUUUACCGAGCUGUCUACUGUCAAUGCAGAGGCGGGCACGACACCGAACCCGAAUUUCAUCAAGCGCGUCAAUCAAAGUAUGGCAAAGCUAGACCCGUUGCUCAAGACAUUACAAGUGCGCGCCUCACCACCGGAAGGUCUGGUUCAAGCAUACCUCAUACACAUGCAAGAUCGCUCAGAGCCAAACUUCCGCAAGAUACUCGGAUUGAAAGGGAUCACACGCAAACAAGAGCAGGCUCACCUGAUUGAGCUGUUCAACGCACACAAGGCAUCCCCAGCAAAUGAAAGCCUACAGGCAUCCAACCCACUGAUCACCAACAUGUCCCUCCAAGCAGCAGGUGCAGCCGCACCAGGCAUUGCAGCUCUCAAGGAUAGUGCAGCCUCACAUUCUGCGCCAGCGUUGGCAGGAACCGCUGCCCGUUUCGACCCCUCCACAUUCGGCUCCGCUCUGAUGAACGCCGCUCGUGAUGGCGUCGACCGGUUUGGUUCGCCAGCCCUAGGUGGUACCGCGUCGGCCACAAGCGCCAGUAGAGCGACCAGCCCGCCACCGAUGGGUGCCCUUGGGCUGAACGCCGAGAGUGCGCACGCCAGCAUCAAUGAGAACCUCAAGAACAUUGGCAAAUUCUUCCGUCGUGACGUUAGCAGUUUCGGAAAUUUUGGUAAAAAGGAUGAAGGGAGGAGAAGCAUGGAGAAGAGAUGAGAGGUACGUAGAUCAUAGAGAAGCAAAGGCUACACAGAUUCCUGGUUCUCGAAA